UAACACAAUAAAACAAAUUUUAUAUAUUUUAACAUUUCAGUGUAUAAUUUACACAGUUAAGACGCGAACUGUAGUCCCCGGAUUAGUAUUGUAUAUAUGCCAACGGUGUUAGAUAGGAAUCUGGCAUUCUGGUGAGUAUUUGAAGCAUCGGGUAUAACGUUUAGAUAAGGUUCUGGUGAGGAUGGUUCGUCAGAACCGUCGCAAGGGAAUUGAGGAGGUCUAUGGCACAAAACUAGAUGCCAUACACCCAGCCAAGUCGCAGGCCCUCACGCACACAACCACCAAGACGGCAACAAUGCGAGCCGAGCGUGCCAUUGGAGGCGUCUCCAAUCGGAAUGAAUCGCGAACACAGCGCAGCUAUGUGACGCCCAAUGACUAUUACAUUACAACCAAUCUGCCGCUAACGGCGACCAAUAUGCGGGCGGCAUCCAGUUCAAUGGCAACCCAAGCACAGAGCUCCAUGGGCACGGCAACAACAGCUCCAUACAUGUCCAUGACUCGACGAGGGGCGGUUGUGGGAGGCGGGAAGGUCAGCGCGCGCCAAAUACCACAGACCAAGUCGCUGUUUACGCGCAAUGAGAGCAAGACGGCCAACAAUGCCUACAAUCUGACAAUGUCCAAAUCGAAGGAGCUCCACAGCCACAUGCAUAACAAGCCGAUGGCGCAACGCGUGGUUUACGCAAACACCAACACGGGCACCAACACCUGCACCGACUACUCGGACAAGGAGCUGGUGGUGCCCGCACACACACGUCGUAACCACCAACACCCCCAAGCCCAACCACUCCAGCAUCAGUUGCACCAGCAGCAACAAUCGCAAUACGCGCAUGGACAUGCCCAUCACAAGGGUCAUCAGCACCCGCACCAGCACCAGCAUCAGCACCAACAUUCCCAUGAGGGGCCACGCACCGUGCAGGUGAGUCAGGCGGACAAUGAGGUGAGGGAGGAUAAAGACGAUGAUCCCGAGGAGUUUUUUGAACUGAUCCGUCAGACCGUGCAGACGGCCAUAGGUAGCACAGUGUCCGACGUCCUCUGUCGCAACUUUCGCGAUUUGGGCAUGAAAAUGGAUCGCAUCUCGAGCGAACUGAAACUUACCAACGAUCAUCUGGACAAACUGGAAGAGCACGUCACAAACAAGGUCGUCCAUUACGGUGAGGAGAAUUCCCGACACUUCCGCUACCUGUGCAUGAAGUCCGAAUACGACAAGAUGUUCUACCAGCACCACGCCAUGCUGACCAGCAAACCGACUGCCGACGACGCUACCACCUCACAGGCCAAUGAGGGCGGCAACAACAAUAAAGGUGGUACCGGGUACAAUAUGAAGAAUGCCGCAAAGUACUUGAGGCAGCAGAUGUUGGGAGAUCGCGAGCGUCGCAGCAAGCCCAACCACAGUAGCAACAACAAUUCCAAGAACGAACUUAACGAUUGCGUCAAAGUGCAGAAUCCUUGUGCUUGCCGCAGCACUUCUAAAGCUCAGCACCAGACAACUGAACCACACAAGUCAUCGUCGGGUCAAAGCGUUGGCAUCAAAUCCUCAGAAAUGGACAUGCGUGAAGUGCUGGGACACAUACAACGCUUUUGCACGAAGAUUCAACUGAAUGAUCUGAAAGUGGAUCAAGGCCAAUACAGUACCAAGGAGCUCCUAUCGAAUCUGGAAGGGAUCAUGGGUUCAGGCGCGAAUGUGACUAACGCAGCUAAUGGCGUCCAGCCGAUGACUGUGGGCGGCCCAGCCAAGGCACGUGGCUCGGCGGCUGGGAAGCAGGAUCUGGACACCACCCCUGCCGACAGCAUGGAUGAGGGAGCAUACACUGAGCUUGAUGACUUCCAAUUCAGCUCCGAUGAAAUGUCGCCUCGCAGCGAUGACAGUGACUUGAAGUUCCCGAGCGGUGGAAUGACAGCGCGUGCCGCCCGCAAGCCCGCCAAGCGGCUGACAAACAAAGGCGCUGGCGAUGGACAGUAGACGUGACACAAAUUGUUUAAAACCUUGAAGAGCCACAUACUGCAAGUUUUCCUGGGACACCCAAAGCUGUUACGUUCAUUUUGAUAUUUUUUGGAUUCCCCCAAAUUUCUGGUUCUCGUUCUCAAUACUUCAUUUGGCAGAGCACAAGUAUUCGAGAGCAGCUCAGCCCUUAGCAGGUGUUGGGCAUCAACACAUUAGGCGACAAAAAGAAAAACAAUAACCACCAAUAACACAUAUGCAGACAAAUUAGGUUUAUGUAUUAAUCUGUUUGUCUCAGGAAAACGCAGAAGAAUCAAAUCAAAUACAUACACAGACAAAGUUACAA